AUGGACCGGAAGUUCGAGUUCCGGAUAAAGGCGCUGGCGGUGGUGGCGACGGCAGCGGCGGGAGUGCUGACGCUGUACGCCGAUUACGGCGACUAUGGCGGCAAGAAGACCGUGCUCGAUGAUCUGUGCGGCCAUCAGAGCGUUCUUGCCACACCAUACUCUCCUGCCGCUCCCCAAGCCUCUUUUCGUCCCACCUCCUCCCCCAGCCUCUUUUCGUCCCACCUCCUCCCCCAGCCUCUUUUCGUCCCACCUCCUCCCCCAGCCUCUUUUCGUCCCACCUCCUCCCCCAGCCUCUUUUCGUCCCACCUCCUCCCCCAGCCUCUUUUCGUCCCACCUCCUCCCCCAGCCUCUUUUCGUCCCACCUCCUCCCCCAGCCUCUUUUCGUCCCACCUCCUCCCCCAGCCUCUUUUCGUCCCACCUCCUCCCCCAGCCUCUUUUCGUCCCACCUCCUCCCCCAGCCUCUUUUCGUCCCACCUCCUCCCCCAGCCUCUUUUCGUCCCACCUCCUCCCCCAGCCUCUUUUCGUCCCACCUCCUCCCCCAGCCUCUUUUCGUCCCACCUCCUCCCCCAGCCUCUUUUCGUCCCACCUCCUCCCCCAGCCUCUUUUCGUCCCACCUCCUCCCCCAGCCUCUUUUCGUCCCACCUCCUCCCCAGCCUCUUUUCGUCCCACCUCCUCCCCAAGCCUCUUUUCGUCCCACCUCCUCCCCCAGCCUCUUUUCGUCCCACCUCCUCCCCCAGCCUCUUUUCGUCCCACCUCCUCCCCCAGCCUCUUUUCGUCCCACCUCCUCCCCCAGCCUCUUUUCGUCCCACCUCCUCCCCCAGCCUCUUUUCGUCCCACCUCCUCCCCCAGCCUCUUUUCGUCCCACCUCCUCCCCAAGCCUCUUUUCGUCCCACCUCCUCCCCAAGCCUCUUUUCGUCCCACUUCCUCCCCCAGCCUCUUUUCGUCCCACCUCCUCCCCAAGCCUCUUUUCGUCCCACCUCCUCCCCAAGCCUCUUUUCGUCCCACCUCCUCCCCCAGCCUCUUUUCGUCCCACCUCCUCCCCCAGCCUCUUUUCGUCCCACCUCCUCCCCCAGCCUCUUUUCGUCCCACCUCCUCCCCCAGCCUCUUUUCGUCCCACCUCCUCCCCAAGCCUCUUUUCGUCCCACCUCCUCCCCAAGCCUCUUUUCGUCCCACCUCCUCCCCCAGCCUCUUUUCGUCCCACCUCCUCCCCCAGCCUCUUUUCGUCCCACCUCCUCCCCCAGCCUCUUUUCGUCCCACCUCCUCCCCCAGCCUCUUUUCGUCCCACCUCCUCCCCAAGCCUCUUUUCGUCCCACCUCCUCCCCCAGCCUCUUUUCGUCCCACCUCCUCCCCCAGCCUCUUUUCGUCCCGCCUCCUCCCCAAGCCUCUUUUCACCGCACUCCUUCCACCUCGCCUUCCCACGUUCCUGUCAUCUCUUCUGCCAGCUGCACGGGACAUCUUAGCGAGGAGGUAGCACGGCGGCUGAGAGAGCUCACGGAGGGGGAGAUCUUUUCCUUCUCCCCCCUCCCGUACUCCUCCCCUCACCCUCCCUGCCACUCAUCCUCCCAUCCGCUGUGGCAGGUGAAGGGAGCAUCAGAGCGAGUGAAGCGGUGGUUUUUGAGACCCAGCCAAGAGGAGGAGGAGGAGAUUCGAAGGAGACUGGUACAGCAGGGGAAGUGGGCAAGUGUGAUGCGCAUCAAGGCACGCACGUUGCUGUUGGCUCUACAUCCCCCUCCUACCCCACCCUUCUCUUCCCUUCUCCUACCCCACCCUUCUCUUCCCUUCUCCUACCCCACCCAUCUCUUCCCUUCUCCUACCCCACCCUUCUCUUCCCUUCUCCUACCCCACCCAUCUCUUCCCUUCUCCUACCCCACCCUUCUCUUCCCUUCUCCUACCCCACCCAUCUCUUCCCUUCUCCUACCCCACCCUUCUCUUCCCUUCUCCUACCCCACCCAUCUCUUCCCUUCUCCUACCCCACCCUUCUCUUCCCUUCUCCUACCCCACCCAUCUCUUCCCUUCUCCUACCCCACCCUUCUCUUCCCUUCUCCUACCCCACCCAUCUCUUCCCUUCUCCUACCCCACCCUUCUCUUCCCUUCUCCUACCCCACCCAUCUCUUCCCUUCUCCUACCCCACCCUUCUCUUCCCUUCUCCUACCCCACCCAUCUCUUCCCCCCUCCUAA